AUGCGGCCCCUCCCGCUGUGGCAGCGCGCGCUGGCCCUGCUGGCCAUGCCGCUGCUCGUGGUACUCCUGCACCUGUCCGGGGUCUCAAGCUCCAACGACCAGACCAAUGUCUAUCUUAUUCCCUCGCCUCGGUCCUUUGGUCAAACCAACAUGGGCUUUGGGUACUACCUCCCAAAUGAGAAGAUGGUUGCUCUCGAUCAAUAUUAUGGCGACUACACCACAUACAAACAGUCCCUCAAACUUGACCUUUUCGGGGACAUGCGUCUUGGGGUUCAUUUCUCUGAUGAUGCCAGGACAAUGUUCUUUUAUGGGGUCUCCGGCUAUACCCUGCUCCUGCCUGUCCCAAAUGACCUGCCGGUCCUGGUCUGGCUGGACAACCGCACCCUCGGCAUCUCCUCCUCGACAGCUGUGUAUCCGUACGAGUUUUUCCCAGGGCAGCCUGUCUCCCUAUUGCGUGCCAAUGCCCAUGGCCCCCUCGACGCGUCGGUUCUCCUGCGCCUCGGCAACGACACCCUGGUUCUCAUGCGCUUUCAAAAUGAAGUAUGGACUCGCAGUGAACUGCCAUUGUCUGCGACCACCGCCACGCCCGGCCUUCCCGGCCACUUCUUUCUGACUACCCCGGGCAACGAGUGGGUGUGGCUCCGGGAUAAUGGCACCUGGCGUACCAUCUCCACCGGGGACGAGGCAGUCCUCAGCCUGUCGGCCACCCGCAUCAUGACCACCGACCCCAGCAAGAUGGAUCUGCUGGUCAUCACUCCCCGGCGAAUGCUCAUCUACAUUGGCUUGGGCAGCAACAGCACCUGGGAGCGAAUCCUGGACACCAUGCUGCCCACCGAUCGCCAGGACCUGUCAGCUCAGCUGAUCCCCGGAGUUGUCCACACGCCGCGUCCUCCGGGGUUUUUCUACCUUGUCAAUCGGCCCUCACAGCUCUGGCGUGUGACGCCCCUCACCGGCGACGGCAUGGCGUGGCAGCACAUGGGCUCAUAUACACUCCCUGUCACGCCGAUCCAGAGCAUGGUGGCCAUGGAUUUGAGUGCCCUGCCCGGUGGCCGAGGGGAACAAUGGGCCCUUACGCACGGUGACAAGCUAUUAAUGACCAACGAGGAGUUCGGCUGUCACACCGAUGCCUCCAUUGUCUGCGACCCCGCUUCGGGCACCUGGGGAUGUGCCCCCGGUCGUCGCUACUCGCCACUCCGCACUGCGGGCGAGCUGUGUGCUGGCUGCGCGGAUGGCUUUUACCCUGUCAUGGUGGGACCCCGACGCCGUGAGUGUCGCCCUUGCACGGUGGACUACUGCCGCGUGUGUGCCGACAGCGGGCACUGCCUUGCUUGCUCUCAUGGCUUUCUGCUUCGCGACCCCGCCGGCGGCCGUGCCACUUGCGUGCCGGCCUGUCCGCCAGGAACCAUCAGCUCCGGCGAGGAAAACAACCGGUUGUAUGUUUCCAGCACGUCCUUGUCAACGAGUGGCCCUGGCUCCCUGCUAGUUGUACUUUCGUCAGGCCAACUUGUCUUGGGCAAUGCCGAUCAGCUGCGUGUCACUCCCCUCCAGCCACUACAGGUGGCCCCGAUUACGGGCCUCCCUACUUUCACUUUUGUCAAUGGACUUCUUGAGAGUAUCCAUGUCGCUGGACGUGAUGUGCAGGUUGAAAUCGAAAUUCGUGAGACGUACUCAGUGACCCGAGUGCUUUUGACCUGCACUCUCCCUGGCCUUGCACCCAAUGACGAGUGUCAGUUGGCGGUCGCAUCUGGCACCCUCUCAACGGCGGUCUCGGCCGAGGUGGACAUUCAAUCGGCAUCGCCCCCCGGGGUGUCCUCAAUUUCCACCGCGGAUGUCGAUUCGCGCUGCAUGAAUGACGACGGCUGGCACGCAGCGACAGGUGGUACAUUGGCCGCCUCGGUCCCUGGUUUGCCAGCCAAGAUUGGGCGUUACCUGGCGGCAAAGCACAUCUCCCACGGUGGGGAUGCCCAGGCCCGCACCCGCGACAUCACGGGCUCUGGUCGCUUGAUCGAUGGAAUUUCACAGUAUACUCGAAGUUCCUUCUAUACGGUCCUGGAUCUCCAUGAUGUUGGGCAUCCUGAAUACCCCAGUGCCCUGGUCGUGGUCGAAUCAGGCACAUUGGUGGUGAUUCUGCUCUCUUCCAGCGUCUGCUUUCGAGUGGACUUUGGCCUCGAUGAAUGCCCCCCUCGGACGUAUGGGGCCACAUGCCUUCCAUGCCACGCUGCCUGCCAGACGUGCACCGGCCCGGCAUCCACGCAGUGCACGUCGGCCCGGUGCACGUAUUUCCUGCCCUCGCUGCCGAACAACUGUCUGGCGGCCUGCCCGGCCGGGCUCCAUGCCGACGCCUCGGGCGCCUGCCGGUGCCAUGCCAACUGUGAGGCCUGCCACCGGCCGGACGCAAGCGGCCCAUUCAUCUGCACUGCCUGCCCGCCGGGAAUGGCCUUGAGCUCCGGGACUGCCGAUCGCUGUGCGCCCUGCCACAGCUCGUGUCUCGAGUGCACGGCCCCGGCCAGUGCGACCGCCUGCCGGGCUUGUCCCAGCGGCAUGCUCCUCCGGCCUGACGGCACGUGUGGCGGCACCUGCCCGCCGGGGACCUGGGGCGACACGCGGCUGGGUGUCUGCACGCCCUGCUCAGCCGGCUGUCUUACCUGUGAGAAUUCCUACUCGUGCACCGCCUGCCGGCCGGGGCAUCUCCGUGAGACGACCUUCGGCAUGUGUCUCCGGUGCGAUCCCCAGUGCGCCGAGUGCGCCGGCGCCCUGGAUGCGUGUGUUGCCUGCACGCCGGGCAUGCAUUGGGUCGGGGGGGUGGCCCCCAGCCCGGCCGGCGCCACCGGCGCAUGCACCAAGUGCCCGGUGGGCUGCGCCACGUGCGACGACCACAACAGCAAAUGCUUCACCUGCACGGCCGGCUACCUGCUGCUGGCCGGGCCGGGCCAGUGUGUGCCCGCCUGCCCGGACGGCAUGGCGCCCGAUGCUGCGCAGAGGAACUGCCUCAGCUGUCAUGCUACAUGCACCAAGUGCUCGACCCCCGCGGACCCGAGUGCCUGCACCGCCUGCCCGGCAGGCCGUGUUCUCCAUGUGGACGGGCGGUGCAUGGCUUCCUGCCCGACGGGCUUCUACCCCUUGGCCGGGGUGUGCACCAAGUGCGGGGCGGGCUGCUCGUCGUGCGCCUCGGCUGGGACUUGCGCGGAGUGUGCCCCGCAGCGCUUCCACCAGGGGGAUGGCUCUUGCGACCUGUGCCAUGCGUCGUGCGCCGCGUGUGCCAGUAGCACGGCCUGCACCGCCUGCCGGUCAGGGCUCUUUUUCCUGUCGCCCACGGCCCAAACCCCGUCGCUGUGUAGCUCGACCUGCCCGGCCGGCAACUAUGCCGCAGCCGGCCGGUGCCAGCCGUGCGCCGCCAGCUGCGUGCUGUGUGCCGGCGCGGCGGACCGGUGCCAGGUGUGCGCGGCCGGCCACCGGUGGCGUGCCGAGCCGCCGGCCGUCGGCCAAACCGACACGUGCGUCCGCUGCCCGGAUAACUGCGCCUCCUGCACCGGGGACAUGUGUCUGGAUUGCGAGGCGGGCUUCUUCCUGACGCGCCAGGGGGCCUGCGUGACUGCCUGCCCGGCUGGGACCUGGAAGGACCAGGCCACCGGCUCGUGCCAGCCCUGUGCCGCCAGCUGUGCCACAUGCACCGGGCCCGAGUCCGGCAAGUGCACCGCCUGCGUGCCGGGGCUCCAGCACCAGCCGGGGCCGGGCGGCGGGCCGGGCCCCUGCGUGGCCUCCUGCCCGGCCGGGCAAUUCCGCCACACCGCGUCGCAGGAGUGCCGGGCCUGCCACGGGUCGUGCGCCACAUGCACCGGGCCCACGGACCGCGACUGCCUGGCAUGCACCGGGUCGGUGCUGCAGGAUGGCGCAUGCGCCCGGGCCUGUGCGGCCGGCCAUCUGGCCGUCGAUGACCGGUGCCUGCCCUGCCACCUGUCGUGCGGCCAGUGCAUCGGGCUCCGGAGCACCGAGUGCACCGAGUCCUGCCAGGCCCGGCUGCUGCCCCAGCCGGCCGGCGAGUCGCCGAUGCGCUGUGUGGCCAGCUGUGCCAGCGGGUUCCAUGCCUCGUCGACCGGCUGCACCCGCUGCCCGGAGGGGUGUGCCGCCUGCCCGGACGAUGCGGGCCACUGUGCCCAGUGCGAGCGGUCGCACCGGCUGCUGGAUGGCGCGUGUGUGCCCACCUGCCCGCAGGGCACAUGGGAAGAUGGCAACCGGUGCACCGCUUGCCACCCCUCCUGCAUCAGCUGCUUCGGGCCGGACCCGACGCACUGUGACAUCUGCCACGCCGACACGCCGCUCAAGAAGGACAGCUCCUGCUACGAGACCUGCCCGGCUGGGACCUACGAGAAGGGCAACAAUUGCAUGGCCUGCAGCAGCUCCUGCGCCCAGUGCCUCGGGCCCGGCAGCAACGAGUGCACCGCCUGCCCGGAAGGCCGCGCGCUCAGUGCCCAGGGCAUGUGCGUUGGGGAAUGUCCGGUCGGGCAGUUUGCCACCGACGGCGCCAUCGGCCAGGUGUGCCGGGCCUGCUCGGCCAGCUGCCGCCAGUGCGAUGGCCCGGAUGCCGACCACUGCACCGGCUGCCAGGAUGACCUGCUCCUGCAGGCUGGCCGGUGUGUGAGCGCCUGCACCGAUGGGUUCUUUGCCUGCCAUGCCAAACGCGAGUGCUCGGUCUGCCCGACCGGCUGUGCCACAUGCUUCACCAGUGCCGACCGGCCGGAGGGCUGCCAGGCCGUCUGCACGACCUGCCGCGCGCCGUGGAUGUGGUCCCCGGCGGCCGAGCGCUGCGUCGAUGUCUGCCCGGCCGGGGAGUUCCAGCCCCGGACGGAUGUCUUCACGUGCGAGCCCUGUGCCGGGGCCUGUGCCUCGUGCCACGGCCAGGCCGACCGGUGCACCGUCUGCUCGGACGCCGGGGCCUGGCUCCAUCCGGCCACCGGGGCAUGCAGCCUGUCCUGCUCGGCCAGGGGCCUGGCCAAGUCCCCGGUCGAGCGGGUGUGUCUCUCCUGCCCGGAGGGGUGCCAGCAUUGCGGCGCCCCGCCGGACAUCGGGCCCUGCCUCCUGACGACCCAGGGCAUGCUCGAGUGCCCGGAGCUGACCGCGUGCGACCGGUGCGACGCCGAGCACCCGCUGCUGCUGGGCGACGAGUGUGUGGCUGCCUGCCGGCCGGGGUUCUAUGCCGAGUGGGAUGCCGACCCGCCCGUGUGCCGGGCCUGUCACCAGAAGUGCGCCGGCGCCUGCACCGGGCCCGAGCCGACGGACUGCCGGGCCCCGGACAAGGCCCUGCCCUCGGACCAGCGCCUGGCCCUGGGCCUGGGGAUCAGCCUCGGGGCCCUGCUGCUGCUGCUGCUCCUGCUGCUGGGGGUCUUCCUGCUGCUGCGGUGGCGCCGGGCCGGCCGCACGCGCAAGCCCCUGGACCGGCCGGACGAAAAUGCCACCAUCCUCAACACCUUCGUCGAGCUCUCCCUGCCCGGGGCCAUCCUGGUGGACAUCGCGGCGGACUUCGUCCCGCUGCAGGACCAAACCCUCGGCCAGGGGGGCCAGGCCAGUGUCUUCGCGGCGCGCGCCGUCGGGGCCAACAUCUCCGCGCGCACCGGCUGCCCCGACGUGGUGGCCAUCAAGAAGAUGAAGGCCGACAAGAUGCGCCCGCUGGAGGUGACCCUCUUCCAAAAUGAAAUUGCCCUCAUGCUCCUGCGCGGCCAGGACCACAUCGUGCGGAUUUACGGCUACUCCGAGGCCCCGCCGGCCAUUGUCAUGGAGCACUUCCAGUCGGACCUGUCGGGCCUGCUGCACUCGGCGGCCGACCUGCCGCUCGGGGUGCUGCUGGACCUGGUGCACCAGUGGGCCGCCGGGCUGGAGGCCAUGCACGCCCAGGGGGUGGCCCACUGCGACCUGAAGCCGGCCAAUGUCUUCGUCCGGCCGAGGGCCGACGGCUACUGGAGCGCGGCCCUCGGCGACCUGGGCACCAGCCGGAAUCUCAGCGCCGACCGGGCGUCGGCCCUGCUGCAGGCCGCGCCGCAGCUGAAUGCCCUGACCGCGCGCUAUGCCGCGCCCGAGGUGGUCCAGGCGUUCCAGGCCCGCCGGGCCCUGGCCCUGGAGGCCUACCUCCCGGCGGACAUCUACUCGGCGGCCAUCAUGCUGUGGGAGUGCCUGGCCCGCGCGGUCCCCUGGAAGGGCCUGCCCUUCGCCCGCAUCGCCGAGCAGGUGCUGGCCGGCGACCGGCCCGAGGUCCACCUCGCCACCUCGCCCAUCGCCUGGACCAGCCAGCCCCUGGCCCAGGGCCUGGUGGAGCUGCUCCCGCGGCUGUGGAACGCCGACAUGCAUGCCCGCCCGGGGGCGGCCAACCUGCGCCACUCCAUCGCCACCCUCGGGGCCAUGCUGCCCCCUUAGGCCGCGGGGCCGGGCCACCCUGUGUCACUUUGAUGCGCAAUACACCCUUCGGCAGUGG